AUGGCGGAAGAAACCUGGCAAGCCGCUGUAGCUGAGCGCCGCAGAAUACUGGAUCUUCUGAUUCCCACAGACUGGAAACUGAGCGGGGAGUUCAGAGCUUCGCUUCCGGCAGACGGCCGUCUCCUGCAGGCAGAUCCUGUGCGAAAGAGUGGGAUUCUCUCAGAGGAUGAGCUGGACAUCACGGAGAACUAUUCAGCGGGCCAGCUUCUUCAGCGACUGGCACGGGGUGACGUUAGCUCUUUGGCUGUUACGACAGCGUUUUGCAAAAGGGCGGCAAUUGCGCAGCAACUGACGUCAUGUUUGACGGAGCAUUUCUUCGCCCAAGCCAUUGAGCGAGCACGGUACCUUGAUGAGUAUCUCAAGCGCGAAGGCAAGGUUGUAGGCCCGCUACAUGGCUUGCCGAUCAGCAUAAAGGAUAGCUUCCAGGUCAAAGGCCUGCAUACAACGGUGGGAUAUGUCUCGUUUCUGAAGAACGGACCGGCAACAGAGAACUCGGCCAUGGUUGAUUUGUUGCUUGACCUUGGAGCGGUGCUCUAUGUGAAAACGAAUAUUCCACAGACACUGAUGACUGCCGAUUCAGAGAACAACAUCUACGGCCGCACCUUGAACCCCCACAACACUAACCUCACUGCAGGAGGAUCGAGUGGCGGUGAGGGAGCCCUCAUUGCUUUUCGAGGCUCUAUCCUCGGCGUGGGAACUGAUGUCGCGGGUUCUAUCCGGAUUCCUGCGCUUUGCUGUGGUCUGUACGGUUUCAAGCCGACAACAGACCGCGUACCAUUUGGCGGGCAGGUCUCCGGCGUGGCCGAAGAGACACCAAUGAUAUCGCCGUCGGCAGGACCGCUAGCCCAGUCUUUCGACGACCUCGAGCUCUUCAUGUCUCGGGUCCUGGCAGCCGGACCGUGGCGAUACGACCCAGCUGCUGUUGCGAUGCCAUGGAUCAGACAUACCGAGCCGCAAUCUCUCCUCUCAGUCGGUAUUCUGCCAGAAGACAAACACUUUCCUCUUCACCCUCCCGUCAAGAGGGCCCUAGAAUCGGCCAUUGAGAACCUGAAGCGAAUGGGCCAUCGGAUCAUCCGACUACCGAGUGACCCAUCUCGCGACAUUGCAGACGCAAACCGAUUGGCCUUCGAGUUCUUUACAUAUGGACCACGUCUUGACCAUAUCACUCCCAGCGGAGAGCCUGUGGUGACAUCUGUGGCUACGCUUCCCUCUCCAAUGUUUUCCGGCCCACCCUAUCUCAGCCAGGAUCUCGGGGUCUUUGACAAAAUCAAGAUCCUGCAGAUCGCACGAAAGAAGUACAGCGAAUCCUGGAGGAGAACAAUUGUAGAGAAUGAGAUCGAUGUGAUUCUUGCCCCGGGGGCACAGAACACGGCCGUGCCGCAUGACUCGUACGGGUGGCCGCCAUAUACAGCUAUAUGGAACUUGUUGGAUUACCCGGCAUGCAUCAUUCCCUACGGAAAAGCGAGCAAAGAACUCGAUCCAGAGCCUAUGGUAGUGGGCGGUGGUCAGCCAGGUUACGAUCCCGAAGCUGUGGAUGGAGCUCCUUGUGCUCUCCAGAUUGUUGCGCCUCGAUUCCAGGAUGAGAAAUGUCUCGCUGCAGCGAGGAUUAUUGAUAGGGACAUUCGAGUCUGAUCCAGUAACCCAGUGAACUUUGUCUUUAUUUAUAUUAUUUAACGUUAUUCU